CACAGAGAGAGAAAACCUGAAUCUGCAGCUGUAAGACAAAGAGGUAGUAAAAACAGCCUCUGUCUGAGGGUACAGACAGUUUCCACAGAGUGACCAUGGCUGAGUACAAGCUAGAGGUGACAACAGGUGACAUGCAAUAUGCAGGAACAUGGGACAACAUAUAUGUCACCUUAUUUGGAACUGAAGGGCAGAGUGAGAGAACUAAGUUGGACAACUUUGGCACUGACUUUUCAACUGGGACAACAGGCAUCUACAUCGUAAAAACCAGUUCAUCUCUGGGGAAACUUCUGCUGGUCAAGAUGGAGAAAGACCCUUUUUUGAUUCUCCUAGAAGAUGAGUGGUUCUUCUCCAAAGUAGUGGUGACGACUCCAGAAGGAGAAGCCAUUCUUUUCCCCUGUUACAGAUGGAUGUGCAAGGGAGAACUGGUGGAGCUGAGGGGAGGGAAAGCCAUGAAGGGUUAUGAGGAGGACCAUCCCCUGUUGAUUGACCACCGGAAAAAAGAGCUGAUACAUAAAAAGAGCUUGUACCAAUGGAAGAUUUUGGAUGAAAGACUACCCCACGUGAUCCAUUUUGAUGAUCCGUCUGAGCUCCCAGCAAAUGAAAUCGGCUACUCUAAAUCCAAAUCAACUGAACUAUAUAAUACGAAAUUAAUGAUUGGUCUUGAACUGAAGUUGAAGGGGAUGGUUGGAUCUACUGAAAAAUGGAAAAACUUUGAAGACAUGAAAAAAAUCCUCUGGCGCAAAAAGACGACAAUGUCAGAGUACGUUGCAGAGCACUGGAAGGAAGACGACUUUUAUGGAUCCCAGUUUCUGAACGGAGUCAACCCCAAUGUGAUCAAGCGCUGCUCAGAGCUUCCCCCAAACUUUCCAGUCACAGAGGAGAUGGUGAAGCCAUUCCUGGCAGAGGGAACCUCUCUGCAGAAGGAAAUGGAGAAAGGCAACAUAUUCCUCUGUGACCAGAAGAAGAUGGAUGGAAUACCCCCGAGAGCCAAGAAUGGUGAACCUCUGCAUGUGACACCUGGUCUCUGUUUGUUGUACUUAAACCAAGAAGACAAACUGAUGCCAAUAGCAAUACAGUUACAACAGCAACCCUCUGAGCAGAACCCCAUCUUUCUGCCCAGUGACCCAGAGACUGACUGGCUGCUGGCCAAGAUGUUCAUCAAAAAUGCAGAUGUGAUGGAUCAAGUAGCAGUCCAGCACCUCAUGAACACUCACUUUCUGGCAGAGGUCUUUACUGUUGCCACUCUCCGCAGUUUUUCUGUGAUUCAUCCCCUCUACAAGCUGCUGUUCCCACACUUCCGGUUCACUCUGUCCGCAGGCAUUUCAAGCCGCAAAACUGUUUUGUCACCAGAGGGGAUUUUAAAUAUUAGUUCACUUGACUAUGACGGACUGCAGGAGCUCAUGAGAAGGGCUCACUCUGAAACAACCUACAGCUCCCUCUGCCUGCCAGAGAACAUCACUGCACGAGGACUGGAGUCCAUACCCAACUUCUACUACAGAGAUGAUGGCCUGAAGCUGUGGAACAUCAUCAACAGCUUUGUGAAGGCAGUAGUGGAGUACUAUUAUCCCUCAGACAGUGAGGUGCUGAAAGACACUGAGCUGCAGGAAUGGAUCAGUGAGAUAUUCACACAUGGCUUCUUAGGAAACAAAGCUUCAGGGUUUCCAGCAGAGUGUCAGACUGUUGCGGAAGUGAUCAAGUUCAUCACCAUGGUGAUCUUCACAGUGACAGCUCAACAUGCUGCAGUAAACAAUGGGCAGUUUGACUACCACUCCUGGGUGCCCAAUGGCGUACUACUGCUGAGCAAACCUCCUCCAACCACUAAGGGGCAGUCAAGCAUGAAGACAAUUUUGGAGACCCUCCCAGAUGUUGGUGAUACAGUGAAAUCUGUAGCACUGGCUUGGGCCCUUACAAGGGCGUAUACUGAUGUGGUUACCUUGGGUUCAUACCCGGAGGAACGAUUCAAUGAGCCUGCCCCUAAGCAGAUGAUUGAGAAAUUUCAAGCAGAGUUGUCCCACCUCAGUGAAGCAAUUACAUCAAGAAACUCCCAGCUUGAAGUACCCUACACGUAUCUGAACCCUGCUCAGAUAGAGAACAGUAUAACUAUUUAA